CUCAUUGAUCAGUUUGUUGAUGUCAUCCUGUAUAGGUGUCACACACCCACACCCAGUCUAACAAAAGUCUACUUAAGCCAAAGGGAUGGUGCCCAACCUGGAAAGUCCUCUGUAUAUAUGUUCUUAACUGCUUAUGGAUGUUUUCUGUCACCUACGGGUUCUUUUUAUAGACCGGAUUGAAUGUGUGGCCAAAUCUGUGAAAACUGACGACACAUUCAGACCGAUAUAACGUUCGCUAGUUUCCCAAGGGUGCAACAUUUUUUCAGCUCAACGUGAUGUAUGGCCAAAUGUAUUAUUCAUCAAAUAUGUACCUGGCAUCGGAUAUAAACUUCUCUCGGCUCUUCUCCGUGACUUUGCUGAACAACAGUUGCCUGUUCGGGUCCGUCUGACCGAGUACCCGCUAGAAACCACCGUCUACGGAAAGACAACAGGUACAAAAAAAAGGUUUUGCUUUUCUGUCAGUGUCCGCAUGCGCAGUCAUGUGUCAUAUGUCGCGCUCAUUCAAGUUGAGCAAUCUUUGGUUGAGCUCUUGCUGCUUCAGCUGUCACCACUGAGGUAUAAUAAGAACGGCUGUCACUGUGCUCAACCCCCUUUCUUUCUCUUCUCAUGCUGAGGGAACAUGGGGUUGAUCACCGGAGUUAUUGCUUUCUUUUACCACUUACCUCAAAUAUACAAAUGGCUAUUCAAGCCUUAUUACAUCUUGUCUAUAUUGAUGUCCUCCGCAUUCCUCAUACUUCGCAAGUGUCCGGGACUUUGCGAAAACCUCAACACAGAACGGGAGGACGGGAACCCAUGCGACUUUGACUGGAGAGAAGUGGAGAUUCUUAUGUUUCUCAGUGCGAUUGUCAUGAUGAAGAACAGAAGAGCCAUCACAUUAGAGCAGCAUGCAGGGAACCUGUUUAUGUUCAGUAAGGUGGCCAACGUCAUCCUCUUCUUCAGGCUGGACAUCAGACUGGGCAUCUUCUACUUCGCUCUUUGUAUUGCAUUCGUCAUGACCUGUAAACCGCCACUCUACAUGGGCCCAGAGUACAUCAAGUACUUCAGUGAAAAGACCAUAGAUGAGGAGCUGAAUCAUGAUACUCGCGUGACGUGGAUCGUUGAGUUCUAUGCUAACUGGUCUCCCGAGUGCCAGUCCUUCGCCCCCGUCUUUGCUGACCUUUCCCUCAAGUAUAACUGUGCAGGACUGCGGUUUGGGAAGAUAGACGCUGGCCGGUACGGAGAGGUGGCUCAGAGGUACAAGGUUAGCACCUCCCCUCUGGCCAAGCAGCUCCCCACAUUGGUGCUUUUCCAGUCAGGGCGGGAGGUCAUGAGACGUCCAAUGGUGGACAAUAAGUGUCGAGCAGUGUCCUGGACUUUCAGCGAGGAGAACAUCAUCCGCGAAUUCAACUUGAACGAACUCUUCGAGGCAUCAAAGAAAAUAAAGGGUCGUGGCGAGAACAGCCCCUUACCACCAGAGGGCAGCGAAGAGCCUCAACCUGAACCGGACACCCCAGCAGAGAGCAAGAAAGACCAGUAGCGACGAAGGGAGAACAGGGACGAGAUUCCUCUACUAGUGGUGCACACAGUUCACUGCUAGUCAUAUAAUCUGCUCGUGUCUGUUAUAUCGCUGUUGUAUUAUCAGACUACUAGUAUAAGUUAAUUCAAGACUUUGGGCAGAAUGAGCCAUCUAAAACGGAAACAUUAACCGUCCUAAUUACUGAUGCCUUAAGGUCCAAUGCUGCAGUUCAAUAGAUUAUUCUGAUUAUUCUGCGUAACAAUUAAGUACCUAAAUUGUGAUCAAUUUAAAACAAAAUGUAUUUUUUUUAAAGAAACAAAUAGCAAAAUUCUUACUUGAGAAAUUUCUAAGACUUUCUGGGAGUGGUUUGAGUGGGGAAGGGAAAACUGGUUAUUGGUACCCCACCCCACAUAGGACGAAACCUUGAGAGGAACCAGGCUAGGUUUUGGCCUUUCUAGGGAGUUUUUCCUAGCCACCGUGCUUCUACACCUGCAUUGCUUGCUGUUUGGGGUUUUAGGCUGGGUUUCUGUACAGCACUUUUGAGAUAUCAGCUGAUGUACGAAGGGCUAUAUAAAUAAAUUUGAUUUGAUUUUUGAUUUGGUAGAGGUUUGGAACUAAUUUACCACAUGGUGAUGUCACCAUGGAAGGCCAAAACUCCCUCCCAUCAAAACAGGCUGAAAUUACAGUAAUUCUUUCAAACAGCUCCUACACUAAAAGGGCAUUAACAUUAUUUUCACAAUAUUAUUCCAACCUCGGUGUGGAAAUAUAUAUAAAACACAGGAAAAUCAAGUUGGAUUGCACUGGACCUUUAAAUGAUUUAAAUGAAAAUGCCUUACACUACCAUCUCACUGAUACCAUCUCACUGAUUCAUCCAUAUUAGUUAUUCUGUGACUUUCAGUUCACUUGUUUUUUCAUGUCCUGCUGCUUUUUGGGUCAUAUUGUUCAAGACCAAAGAAUGAAUUCAAACUGACAGUUUGUAGGCUAUAAUCUGUUCUGCCAAAAGUGAAAUAAAACUGUUCAAUGCUCUGAGA